AUGCGGAUUAUCGAAGAAUGUGUUAAACUAGUUGGUGAUAAAAAACGACCAACUGUGGGUUCUUGUCCAGAGGAUCCCGUUUGUUCAUCGAUAUUUGUUUAUGAUCAACAAGACCUUACUAAUGUUUUAGAAAACAAUUUGAAAGAGUAUGAAUUUUUUAAUCGUUGUAGAAUACUUGUAAAUGACUAUAAUGUUGUAUUAUUUCUAUAA